AUGCCCGCCGUUCAAGAACUUAUCUUUUAACCCUUUACGUAUAAAGAAGAAAUAAGGGUAGAAAGACAAAGGGAAGUUGGAGAUAAAGUUUAAUUGGACUUUUAAAAUGGGACCUGUCGAUAUCCAGUGUCAUAAUAUACUAUGUAUUGCAGUCUUCCACUUCAUUCUUUCUUUUUGAAUUUUCAAGAUUUCGAGGGACUUUUGAAGUUCUUACUCUUAAUUCUUUUUUCCUUUUGAAAUACUCCAUCACCAGUGUUAUAUAUAUCACACUAUUCCUUUUCUUUUUCAUUCUCCUCCACCAUGGAUACUAUGUUAACUUUAUUUUGUAUAAACAAAUUGAUAUAGGAAAAAUUAAGUGUGCAGUUAAAGUCAAAAACAUGCACAAAUUUCUACUUGAACGAAAUUUGUAUUAGCUAAUAACACACUGAUCUCCUCCUUUGAGUGGUUAUAAUGGAAACGGCGGGCUCUUGCGGUGUUAAAUGCAAGUCAAAUAGGUUGGAAGGGAUCAAUGAAGAUAGUGCAGCAAAUUGGCUAUCAGUGUCAUGCCCUCCACCAGAAACUCCUACCGAAUCUAUGGAGUUCCUUGCAAGAUCAUGGAGUCUGUCAGCUAAGGAACUCUCUAAAGCUCUUUCUCACACAAAACAAACAAGUCAUCCAGACGAGAAGAUGUCGUUCCCUUCGUUACAAGCACAACAUGGAAAGACCUCGAUUAUUGAGGAACCUCAAGAACAAACACUACCUAACUGUGAUAGCCCUCCAGUUUCUCCGAGGGGAAGUGAUGAUACAAAGGAAUUGUUUUUACUACAUCAGGCGCUCAAUCCAGAUUUCCUCUCCAAUCAUCAUUUGUUGAAAGCUGGGCUCUACAGGACCGUAAUGCGUGGUAAGACACUGGGUAGAUGGCUGAAAGAUCAAAAAGAAAAGAAAAAACAAGAGCUUAGAACUCACAGUGCCCAUGUGCAUGCAGCAGUUUCAGUAGCAGGGGUUGCAGCUGCAGUGGCCGCUCUUGCAACCUCAUCAGUAACUUUUCCAGAGAAAUCCACAGCCCAACACAAGACAUCUUCAAAGAUUUCAACGGCAAUUGCAUCUGCAGCAGCUUUAGUUGCAUCCCACUGUAUUGAAAUUGCAGAGGACAUGGGUGCUGAACAGGACCAAAUCUUAUCAAUCAUAAAUUCAGCUAUCAAUGCAAGAACUAGUGGAGACAUCAUGACUCUAACUGCUGGAGCUGCUACAGCAUUGAGAGGCGCUGCCACUCUAAGGGCGAGGCUACAGAAAGGAAAUGGAGCUGCAGCUGUUGCACUAGCUGAUGAGCGUGUCGAAGGUAGCAAAGAAUCAACUGUUACAGCAGCUCUUAGUUUUGUUGCCAAAGGGGGAGAACUGCUCAAACGUACAAGAAAAGGAGAUCUCCACUGGAAACAAGUCUCUUUCAAUAUAAGCCCUGAUUGGCAGGUGAUAGUUAAAAUGAAAAGCAAGUACAUGGCAGGAACAUUCACAAAGAAAAAGAAAUGUAUGGUCUCUGCAGUCUAUUGUGACAUACCAGCAUGGCCUGGACGAGAUGAGGAACAAGACGAGCAGAAGUGCUACUUCGGGAUACAAACUGCUGAGAGGAUGAUUGAAUUUGAGUGCAGAAACAAAGGGGAGAAACAAAUGUGGGUGGAUGGGAUUCAACAAAUGUUGUGCUGCCGCAUGACCAGGACAUGACUUUGGAUGAACAUUUCAAAAAAAGAACCAUAGUUUUUAGAGCAGUUGACAAUGUGUGGCUUCCAAACUCUAACUAUGGUAUCAAAUCAGAGAAGCAAUGGAUUGAUUUAAGCUGUUACAUCUGUAUAGGGAUAGAUUACAUAUUGGAAAAUGGCACUACAAUGUGCUAUCCCUGAUUUAUGUCAGAAUAGAUUAUCUGAAUGAUAUCAGUAGACAAAUUGUGACAAAUUAUUCAGAAACCUAGUGCAUGAUUGAGAUGUUUUGGGUUAUCCUGCA